AUGGACAAACGAAUAAGCUCCUUACCACCAUUACCAGAUGAAAUCGUUUGUCACAUACUCUCUUUUCUUCCAACCAAACUUGCAUUUGCCACGGUGGUUCUUUCCAAAUGGUUGACCUCACUUCUCCACUCAUCCACCUCCGAUCUCCGCUUUUACUAUGAUGGCAGCAACAAAGUGACCUUCCGCCGCUUCAUCCGUUUCUUGGACACAGUUAUGCUCUUCCCGCGCGAGCAGCACCAUCCAAUCAAAAAUCUAGUCCUCUAUAUUAACUCUACUGGGCGGGAUGAAGCUUUCAUUGUUGAUGAAUGGGUCGAAGUCGCCAAACGCCAUCCUAUUGAGAGCCUCGAUAUCUACACAGCUGGUUGCGCCACCGUGUCGCCUAGCAUUUUCUCCUGUCGAACCCUUGUUGUUUUAAAACUUACCAGCAUUGGUAAGGUUGGGAAUGUUUUGUCUGUUGAUCUUCCCUCGCUCAAAACCCUUCACUUGUCACAAGUUAUUUUCCAAAAGAGGGACGAUUUCAAGAAGCUUCUGUAUGGUGCUCCCAUUCUUAAGAAUUUGUAUCUUGCAUUUGUCAAUUCAGAAAUUCACUACACUACUGGGAGUAAAAUCUUACCAAAGUUGGUCAGAUUACAUUUGGAUACAUGGGCAGAUCCUCUUAGUGCAUUAGAAAUUGCCCAGAUGGGGCGCCCCAACAUAAAUAUCCCGUCUCCUGUGUUUCCAAACUUAAUCCACAUUGAAUUUUAUUGUCAACGCUUUGAUGGCUGGAAUCGUGUACUACAAGUGCUCCGUCAGUGUCCCAGGCUUCAACAUCUCGUCAUAAGAAAGGCUAAUGUCAAUGCUGAUGUUUACUAUAAGAAACUUGCAUAUUCAAAACGCGUUCCGGAAUGUGUUUCAUCACACCUCAGAACAUGUUUUAUUGGGUCUCUUGUAAGCUAUAGAGAUGAUUUUCGUUUUGUUGCAUAUGUGAUGAAGAAUGCCAACUUCUUACAAGCCCUGACUGUUUGCCCUUGCCUGUUACGUCCAAAUCAACAACCCUAUGUUUUGGAGAGAAUAUUAUCACUCCGAAGGGUUUCACCGGCAUGUGAAAUUUCAUUAUCAAACUGCGGUCGCCAUCAAUGCAGCUGCGGGUUCAAUAAUGCUACUGAAUGCAGGCGUAGGCACAAGCCCUACUGUUGGCAAACUAAGGAGAGUUUUCUUGACCCAAGAAAAUUUCAUUCUCUAAAUUGA